AAAUUAAAGAGCCCUCUCUCUCUCUCUCUCUCUCUAGGAAAAGCUGUAGCCAGCCAAAAGAGGAGGCAAUUGCUAGCUGAUAGUUAUCAAGCAGUGGUUCAUAUGGAAGGAUUUUGCUUUCAAUGGUUAUGUGUUAUUCUAUUUUUGUAUGUGUUACUGUUGUGUAUACAGAAAGCAUUUGUUCAUCUUUGGUGGACACCAAAAAUAAUUCAAAAACACUUCAAGAAGCAAGGUAUCACAGGUCCUAAAUACCAUUUUCUCUUUGGUAACCUCAAAGAAAUUGCAAGUUUCACUACUCCAUCUUGGCCUUCCACUUUUACCUCUCAUGACAUUCUUCCCAAUGUUCUCCCCUUCUACCAUCAUUGGAAGAAAAUCUAUGGUUCAAUAUUUGUUAUAUGGUUUGGACCAACGGCUCGUGUCACCAUUUCUGAUCCAGCUUUAAUUAGGGAUAUAUUCGUCCUGAAAUCAGAUAAUUUUGAGAAAAAUGAGUCACCAGCCCUUGUCAAGAAGCUUGAAGGUGAUGGUUUGCUUAGUCUCAAAGGUGAAAAAUGGGCUCACCAUAGGAAGAUUAUUACUCCUACAUUCUACAUAGAAAAUCUCAGGCUAAUGAUUCCCAUGAUGGGAAAGAGCAUGAAGGAGAUGUUAGACAAAUGGUCAAAAAUGUCAAACGCCAGCGGAAAAGUAGAGAUUGAAGUAUCAGAAAUGUUCUCAACAUUAGCAGAAGAUGUCAUUACGCGUAUUGUGUUUGGAAACAGCUACGAAGAUGGUAAAGCCAUCUUUGAGUUACAAGCACAACAAAUGAUUUAUGCCACCGAAGCUUAUCAAAAAGUAUUCAUCCCUGGAUACAGGUUUUUGCCUAGUAAAAAGAAUAGAAUAUGUUGGAGAUUGGAUAAACAAGUGCGUAAAUCUCUGAUGAAACUGAUUGAAGAAAGAAGAAAAAAAGAAGAGGUUUUGUCAGAAGAAUGUCCGAAUGAUUUAUUGGAAGUGAUGAUCAAAGCAGGUAGUGAUGAUGAAUAUAGAAAUACUAUCACAGUUAAUGACAUUGUCGAAGAAUGCAAGACCAUUUUCUUUGCCGGCAAACAUACCACGUCUAAUUUGCUGACGUGGACCACCAUUUUACUAGCCAUGCAUCCUAAGUGGCAGGAAUUAGCACGUGAUGAAGUUUUAACUGUCUGUGGAGCACGUGAUCCUCCAUCUAAACAACAAAUUUCAAAGCUUAAGACGCUAGGAAUGAUAAUUAACGAAUCUGUGCGGCUAUAUCCACCAGCAGUGGCAGCAAUUAGACGAGCAAAAGUUGAUACACAACUAGGGGAUUUCACAUUACCUAGAGGGACUGAACUCCUUAUACCAAUUAUAGCAAUCCAUCACGAUCAAACACUAUGGGGACAAGAUGCUAACGAAUUUAAUCCAGCAAGAUUUGGUCUAGGAGUAGCACAAGCAGCAAAACACCCCAUGGCGUUCAUGCCUUUUGGCCUCGGCGCGCGGCGAUGCGUCGGCCAAAAUUUAGCAGUGUUACAAGCUAAAUUAGCAAUAGCUAUGAUCUUGCAGCGGUUUUCUUUUGAUCUUUCUCCAAAUUACCGACAUGCUCCUACUAUUUUGAUGCUCUUAUGUCCACAAUAUGGUGCUCCUAUUAUAUUCCAAAAGUUGUAGAGAUAGACAUGCAUCCUUAUAUAUAUAAUAUAUAUCAUAGUAUGUGCAUGCUUGUACAAAACAAAAUUUUCCAGAUCAAAAAUGUUUUGUGU